AUGUUUGUAGAAAACUUGAGUGGAUUUUUUGAGAAGCUACAGUUUCACACUUCAAAAACAAAAUGGCAGAGGAAUGUGAUAGUUGUACUUCUGGUGGUAAAUCUGAAUCAUGCAGCCGAGGCAAAAACAGUUCAGGGAGUUUUCACAACCCAUUUGGCACAAGCAGGGAAGGGCCAGUAUGUGACUUCAUUUGCUUUCCAUGGUGAUGCGGUACUCAAUUUUACUGUCAACACAACGGGAAAUGGGGCCAAGCUGUACCUGUUUGUUUCAGAAAGCUGGCAUGACGCAGCAGUGGACACAGACUGCCAGCGUCGAUUCACCAAAGCAGGAUCUGUUGUUACUAUUAAUGAAACGACUGGGCGACACUUGAUGCCACAUUCAAAUUACCCUCACAUUUGGCACAUUGUGUAUGCAGACGUGUAUACCUGUGACCUUGCCCCACCAAAAGAAGCAGUUGAAAAGCCCAACAUUAUCCAGUAUACAAUUCAACUGUGCAACCCUGACAGUCUCGGAAACCCCACAGAACAUUUUGGAGAUCAAGAAACAGGUCUGCUGAAGUUCUACCAGCUGCUGAGCCUGAUCUACUUUGUGGUGGCAUGUGUGGUAGCCCCUCAGCUGUGGGCAACCCUGAGCAAAGGAGGACCCAUGCAGCUACUGAUUCAACUGCUGACUGUGGCAAUGAGUUUGCAGGCCUUUGCUGCACUGACCAUCAUUGUCCAUUUGUACAGAUACUCCAAAGAUGGCGUUGGGGCCCCCUACUUUGAACUCGUCUCUGAAUUUCUGGACAUGCUGUCACAGUCCACCAUGCUGUUUAUGCUUCUGAGUCUAUCGCUGGGCUGGUCCUUGGCAUCUGCUCAUUCAGUAUGCAGGUAUUCUCACCUGCGAACCAUCAGUCAGAAACCAGCAGCCCGAGUCGUCUACCUGUUAGGAGUUGUUCAGGCUCUCCUGUUUAUGUGGGAGCAGAGACAAGACCAGAGUCUGCGUCUGUACUAUGCCCGACGCAGCUAUGCAGGAAUAUCUUUGGUUGUACUGCAGAUCUUGCUGGCAGCCAUGUUUGCCUUCAAGCUGAAAGAGUUGAUCUCCUCCGAGAGAAGUACUCUCAAACGGCAAUUUUAUAGCUCCUUCACAAAGUUGUGUAUGAUGUGGUUUCUGUGUUACCCAGCAGUGGUAAUGACUUCCUGGCUAACAGCUGAAUACUUGCGUGACAAGUUUAUCACCAUGGGAGUGUUGAUCUGCCAGUCAAUAGCAGGGGUAUUAUUGUACCGCCUCUUCCUGUCCCGCAGUCUGUACUGGGAAGUCUCCGCCCUCUCCAGCUCACUUCCCUUCCGACUGAACUACCAGCAUGGCUUGAAGUUCUACUCCUGA